GUUCUAUGUCCUCUAUCUAUUAUUAUUGUUAUUAUUAUAAUAAUAAUAAUUAUUAUUAUCAUAAGGAUUAAGCAUCUUCUGUUUGGACCUAUCCGAGGACUCAAAAUUCAAGUCUAGGAGAGUGAAUUCCACCAGUCACAACAUAAUUCGAGCUGGAUCUCCGUGAUAGGUUCGACUCUAUCCGUGCAUUUUAAGGGUCCUCUGACCCCCGAUCUUCGGGGUCAAAAGCUCUGGCCAUUGGUUGCCAUCUACGGCGUCACCAAUACGACAUCGUCAUUAUGAAUGCUCAGAUAUCAUUUCUCGUAAGCUCUCCCCUUAGUUCUUAUCUUAGAUUUAUUAUAAGAUCCGAUUUCUUGCCGCAAUGGGUCGGUAGACGAUAAUCAUUAUUACAAUUGUCGCAAGGUCAAGUCACAGACAAUUCCCAUGUGUAACACCGGCCAAGCCACGGUGACAGCCCAUAUUUUGGACGGGACAUUUCGCCUAAUACACAUCCCCUUACACUUGUACCCGAACUUCCUUCAGCCAAUAUUGCAGGUUCUUCUUCCUCAAGGUGACGAUGAUUCUCUCAGCAACGAGGCCGAAGGUCUCAGCAUCGAUAAUAAGCAUGGGUUCCUUAACAUAAGCAUUACGCCCGUUGAAUGUUCGGUUGUGUGCCAUAGUAGUUGGGCCAGGAAUGUUUUCGAGCCGGUAAUUAAGCGCCUACCGCCAAAUAUUUCCAAGGCGGUUACGAUUUCGAAGGAUACCUAUCUAAUUCUGUCGGUAAUAAGUGCCGGCAUGGAUGCUGGAAGUCGAGUGAUGGACUUGACCUCACCCCUUGCGUUAGCGGGUGUGCCCAUCUUUUUCAUUACUACUUAUUAUUCAGACUUUAUCCUGGUUCCUUGCAAAGAUCGGCAAACGGUCGUGCAGGUACUUCUGGCCCGAAACUUCGAGUUUGAUCAGGACGAGUCGGCCUACGUAUCACCCAGCGCAAUGUCUCACGUUCGCGGAAGGAGUCAAGGUAGCGAUCCGCCAUCGACGCCACCACCAUCCACCGUGGCAGAAUUACAAGUACGUACGUUUGAGUUAUUGAAAAAGCGAAACGUCGUUCCGUAUAUCAGCCCUUACCUCAGCUUGGUACAAUGUUCCGGCAGGGAUCUGUCUCGGUUAGUCGAUUAUAGCCGCCGUCCCGCUUUGAGCAGGCGUCUGAGCGGGAAUGGACACCGAAGAAGUUGGCUCGACAACGUCGAUACCAAAUUAUAUACAAGUCUGAUAUCGGUUCUAGCCAAGCAACCCAGGUUCCUGUCAAUUACUUUAGCUCAGGAAGAUCCUCCGUCUUUACUACUUGAUAGAGAAUAUCUAGGUGUUUUUGGGGACUCCAUAGUCGGCGAUACCGAAGGCGAUCUGGUCCCUAUCUUUCUCGAUCUUGUGAACCUCCCUCUGGAGGCCACGGGCAUCGUCUCGGGAGUUGCUGGAAAGCUUAUCUCAGAGAUGGGGAUGGAAGAAACAGGCGUCAGUAGCGAGCUCUCGUAUCUUUCUACUGCGCAAGCCGGCGCCGUUAUCCUAUCAAGCAAACAGGCUAUAAGGGCCCUUGAGGUUUUAAAGCCUCUCCUCGCUAAGGACUAGAGGGAGUAUAAUUGAAUGAAUGAAAAGGGGAAAGAGUGGUGGUGUGUAGGAUAUUGGCAAGCACAAUACGGAAUCACGACGAGACGACAUAACAGUUUCCUCACGCAAAAAAACACGGCGUAUUGGACAGAGCGGUUUGCAUGGGCAGCAUCUCGGGUCUUCAUCAUCAGCAAUUUUCGAUUUCAAAAUCAUCUCGCCCCUCCAUCGUUGCAUCAUCUCAAUCGGUGUUUGGCGGUUUUUUCUUUCUCUCCUG